AUGGUUACCAUUGACAUGCAAGCUUCUGUAUCUACUUAUCACAGUUUGUUAAACACUACAAGGUAUGCAGACAUUGCUCUUGAUCUUUAUCGAGAAAUCAAAGCUAGUGGGAUUUAUUGUGGAGAGCACACAAUUGAUCUCCUUAUCCAUGGUCUCUGCAAACAAAGAAGAGUGCGAGAUGCAAUAUCAUUCUCCCAAGAGUUAAGCCAAGGGAAAUCAUUUUACCCUUGUUUGAUUACCUUCAAUUCUCUCAUAUCCAGAGCAUGCAAUUCUGGCUUUUUCAUGAUCGCAUGUGUUCUCUUCAAUGCCCUUUGCAAAAGAGGAUGGAUUGCGAAAGUUGAAGAGUUGCUCGAUGAGAUAAAAGAUAAUAACCUCGACAUGGAUCUGGACCGCCCCUGCACUUCAGUUAUGCCAGAUUAUGCGCUCAACGUGAUGCCAAAUUCAUUUUUUCACGGAACAAUUCUCUCCAGUAUGUGCAAGAAAGGUUUGAUGUCGGAAGCAAAGUGUUAUUUGGAGUUCCUAGUUGCUAAUGAUCAGGCAUUGAACAUUACGUUAUAUAACAUUGUUAUCGAUGGUUUUGCAAAAGUUGGUGAUGUCGAAGAAGCUCUUGGAUUAUAUGAGCAACUAAUUAGGUCGGCAGUAACUCCUACAGUUGUGACUUAUAAUUCCUUGAUUUAUGGCUUUUGUAAGAUUGGAAAUCCAACCGAUGCAAAGGAAUUUUUGAAGCAAAUAGAUAUGCAUGGAUUGGCUUCUACAACCACAACCUACAAUACACAUGGAUUUUGUGAAAUCGGGGAUAUCAAUUCCAUGAGGAUGAUGCUUGAAGAAAUGGAUGGGAGAGCAAUCAUGCCCAACAUAAUUACUUAUAGUGUAGUUAUUAAGCCGCUUUGUAAAAGCGGUCAAGUAAAAGAGGCUUUUGAUAAACUGAACAAUCGGGUUGCAUUGGGUAUAGUUGCUGACUCGAUGACCUAUACUAUAGUUAUGCAAGUUGACAGAGCAGAGGAGGUUUUGUAUUAUCUUUUGCAUCAGGGUAUCAGAUUGAGAAAAUUUUACUAUAUGACAGUCGUUCAAGCAUAUUGUGUGAUGGCAAUGCCGGAUAAAGCCUUUGUGCUCUUCGAUGAAAUGCUGAAAUCUGGAUAUGAGAUUACAAUCAAAGAUCUUAGUGCAGUAAUCAACCGACUAUGCAAACGGUAA